AAAACAUUUCAUAUUAACUUGGCAACACUGACACAGAACUGUCAAAUUCAUUAGUAACAGUUAAGAGGUAUUUCUAGGUUUCUGUAAGUUUCUGGAAACAAUUUAUUUAUUUAUCCUAACAAACAUCGGUGUAAGUGGCACAUAAUAAAAUUUUGAUACACAACAAUGGUGGACUAUAGCAAGUGGAAAGAUAUUGAGAUUUCUGACGAUGAGGACGAAACACACCCUAACAUCGACACGCCUUCGCUGUUCCGCUGGCGGCACCAAGCGCGGGUAGAACGCAUGGAAGAGCAGCGUCGCGAGAAAGAAGAACACGAACAAAAGAAACGGGAAAACUUGAGGCGUUUGGUGGAAACGCGCAAAAAGAUCGCUGAAAGUGAGUCAAACAGUACAAAUUUGGAGUCACUGAAGAAAGUUCUUGCGGAAUUGGAGGCGGAAGAGAAGGCGAUCAAAAAGAAGGAAGAUGAUCUUAAGAAAAAGGAUAAACAGACGCCGUGGAACGUUGAUACUAUCAGCGAGCCGGGUUUCACCAAAACAGUGAUCAAUACGAAACCACCGCGGCCCAAGGACGAAAACUUGACCGAAGAGGAGAAAGAGGCAAAGAUGAAAAAGUUUAUCAAAGACAAUGAAAAGUUGUUGAAACAGUUUGGUAUGUUGAGGAAGUAUGAAGAUUCAAAGAAGUUCCUGCAGGACCACAACCAGCUGGUAUGUGAAGAGACUGCCAACUACCUCGUCAUUUGGUGCAUCAACUUGGAAAUGGAAGAGAAACAUGAUUUGAUGGCUCAUGUAGCCCACCAGACAAUCUGCAUGCAGUACAUACUGGAACUAUCUAAACAGUUAGAUGUCGACCCCAGAGCUUGUAUUGGAUCAUUCUUUGCCAAAAUACAAGUGGCUGAAAAAACUUACAAGGACUCCUUUGAGGAUGAGUUGUGCCAGUUCAAGGCUAGGAUCAAGAAGCGUGCUGAAGAAAAGAUCCAAGAAGCAAUCAGGGAGCAGGAGGAAGAGGAAAGACAGGCACGACUCGGGCCUGGAGGACUUGACCCUGUUGAAGUUUAUGAAGAAUUGCCUGAUGAAUUGAAGAAAUGCUUUGACGCACAAGAUGUGCCGAUGCUUCAAGCUACCAUAGCCAAGAUGCCGGAGCAAGAAGCAAUUUAUUUCAUGAAUAGAUGUAUCGCCGCCGGUCUGUGGGUACCUGGCAAAAAUGAUGAAGAGCCCACCAUGAAAGAGAAUGCUGGGUCGUCUGAAACGAAACCUGAAGCUAACAACUCCAAUAGCACUGAUGAUGUAGACUGAAAGUUUAUCAAUUACUCCAAUUAUUAUUCUAGUUUAAGUCCCAUUAUAGAUAUCCAAUUGCUAUAUGAUUCUAACCCAUAUGAGUAUUUUGCGCCGUGGUUAAGCUGAUACAUUAUUAUAAUGUGCCCAACGUGCACUGAGGUGAGAAUUGUCACAUUCACUUUUGUUACAUGGGCAUCAUUAAGUACUCUAUAAUCUUUUUUAAGUAUUGUUUUGUGUUCUGUAUAGUGCAUAAAUCGACAGCAUCAUUGAUUUAUAAAUUGCACACUAUAAAAAUGAAAAUAUAUUUACGAGUUGUUGAAGUCAGCCUGAUCAGACUAGAACACAUGGCUAUGAUAAUAUGCAGAGAUGGUGCAUUUAUAGAAUUGCCUUGAAUAGUUUCCAGGUAGCAUAUAUUUAAGAUGGUUUUAAUGUCCUUAUAUAGUAUAUUAUCAUGUUUAUCAGUAAUUGACAUAACAUAUUGUGGGUAGCCCAAAGUUAUAUUCAUAAAUGGUCUAUGUGCUAAGUCAGCUACUAGCCAAAAAUAUACGAAGUUAGCGCCUCAGUGUGCGUUAGGUUGUGUAUGUUAACAUUUCUUUUUUAUUUUAUCACAUAUGCAAGUGAAUAUGUGUUACCAACUUGUACAACUAAUAGCAAUACUUAAAAGGACCAGACUGCUUUUUAACAUAAUGUGAUGGCGUGAUCGCUUCGAUUUUACAUUUAUUGCCUCUUAUAGAUGUAUAAUAAUAGAAUAAAUAAAUAAAAAUAUUAGUAACAUGAAAUUCUAGAAAUAAAAUAUGUUGACGCCAUACUA